AUGGAGUAUAAAGGAACGAACACUAUGUUUAAGAAUUCGGAUAAAGCUAUGGAUCUUUAUGAGAACAACAGCCACAGCAGCCCAAAUUUGGACAAAGACCCUCCGGCUGCAAGCCCUCAAAACAAACCGUUGCCUACACGUUCACCUUUGAGCAGUAGGUUUAACCAGCCACCAAAACCCAUGCAUUGUGCGAAGUCCACUGAAUCCUGCAGUUAUGAUGCAAGUGAUUAUUCGAUCAACCGAGCCAGUUCGACCGUGAAGUUGGAGGCUAGUCUUAAUUUGGACACUACUACUGAUGAACAGUCUAGUGUAUUUGAAAGAAUGCCACAGAGAUUAAUACAGAUGGACAAACCUUCUCAGUUAUCGGCUCCAAUGACUCCCGUUCGCCGGAAGCUACAACGUCAAACAGCUACUGCUGGGCAGAGAAACUUUACUUCCUCGCUACUAAGCACUCGUGGAUCAUCUGGUGGGAGCUUUGAACAACAAUCGCAGGAACGGGUUAUUCAAUCGAUCAGAGUCAAUAAAUCACACCCGAAAUUAUUUCAGUCGAACAAAGUCAUGUCUUCAGCCUGGAAAUACGUAAAAAGACAACUGUCACAGACCGAGCUGCGUCCAAAUGCUCGAAACAAAUGUAGGAAUAUGCACCACGAAGAACCAAUGAUCUGUUCAAACAGCCCACCUAACAAUCGCCUCCGACGUCUGAAAGACCCAGUUGUUGCAGGCACAACUCCAGCACAUAUCUUAAAGCUCAAUGAGUCUCUGUUAGGAUGUUUGUCUCAAAUUUAA